AUGGCAUCAGAAGUUCAUGCUUUCAACGAUUUUAAACGCCAUCCAACACCCUCGACAUCUUCCACACCUCCCAACAAACAACCUUGGGCUCCAUUCAAAUCGCGACUGGAGUUUGAGAUCACUGAGCUUGCUCUGGAGGCAUGCCUGAAUAACAAACAGACUGAUCGUCUGAUCAAGUUCUGUAACCAGUGCACUUCCUGGCAGGAAAAAUUCACAUUCCAGAAUCACAAAGACAUCUGCAACAUGUGGGAUGCUGUCUCCCAUCGCGUCACUGGGCACCUCUCAAAGUUCAAUGGCGAGACUUUCGUACAUUUUGUAGAUGAGCCUUUCACUGCCAACACCUUUUGGAAUGUUCAAUCUCAGCUCCCACCAGGCGGCAAGCCCUUGGCUUUCAUCUUGUAUGCUGACAAAACUCAGUUGUCGUCAUUCGGCACUGCAAGAGGAUAUCCUGUCAUUGCACAUCUAGCAAAUCUACCUACAGACAUUCGUAAUGGACAGGGUGUAGGUGGCAGUUAUGUAGUUGGAUGGCUUCUGAUUGUGAAGGAAGACAGAGACCACGCCAGCAAGCCAAGCUGGGUCAACUUCAAGAAUGCCAUUUGGCAUGAGUCAUUCAUAAAGAUCCUGUCUUCACUCACAUCAAAAUCUCGCACAGGACAAUGGUUUGAGUGCCUCGAUAAUGUUCAACACUGGUUUUUUCCUUUCAUCCUCAUUUUGUCGGCUGAUUAUGAGGAACAAUGCAUUAUGUCGCUGAUCCAAGGCAUCAAAUGCCUUUGUCCAUGUCCAGUCUGCCUUGUGCCCCAUGACGAACUUAUGAACACAUUGAAGUGUUAUCCUUAUCAAACAUCUGCUCAGUCGCAGGAAGUCUUGCAGGCCGCACGGUCCAAGCAAACUGCUGAGGAGAAGGAGGAGAAACUGAAAGAGUACGUCCUUUGUGAUCUCAUAAAUGCCUUUGCGGCUGUGAUGUGUACUGAUGUACACGAUGCAUUUGGUCUAUACCACAACCAUCUCUGGGUCGAACUACAGAAAAUCAUUGGCAGUUUGGGACGAACAAAAGUAGUUUAUGAAGCCUUUCCUCGCUGGCGGAACUUGAAGCACCUCGCUCAGGUAAUGAGCAUUUCAUUCACUGAUGGCAGCAUGUACAAAGACAUCUCUAAGGUUUGUUUUUGGUUCACAUCCUCCUUGAUUGUCACUGACUCUUUUUCAGAUGACAAGAGUGCCGAUGAGAGCAAUAAGAAUUGGAAUUUCCCCAAACUGCACAUGAGCUUGCACAUCUUCGAUAAUGUUGAAGUGAAAGGUGCAACCCACAACUACAAUACAAAGCCUAAUGAGAAGAUGCAUGGGCUGCUGAAAGACUCGUACUUACUUCGCAUGAAUUUCAGGGAUGUGGCGCCACAGAUACUGCACAUAAACCACUGGCAAGUGGCAGCUGAGAGCAUUUGGUGCCACAUAUCAGACCUUGAUGAGUACAAGUCCCAAGACAGUGAAGACUUGGAGGAUCCAGACAAUGCAGACAACGACUUGGUCCCAUCAAAUGAUACAGAUUUGCCUCACAUAAAGCUUGGAUCAAGGCAGGUUGAGGAGUCCUUUGAAUCAAUUGAGGAUGCUCACAAGGAGGACAUUGCAUUCACUAAUUUUCGGACCAAGCUCAAUGAAUUCCUGACUAACUUUCUACUCGCUAUUCAACUCCCUUUACCAGGUGGAAACCGCAUCCAACUCCAAGCAAGUGACAAGGUUAUUACCAAGUGCCAUUUUUUGAAGGUCAACUACAAGUCUAUGGUGGAUUGUCCCAAGUUCUAUGGUCAUCCGCAUUUUGAUUGUGUGUUCAUUCAGAUGACUGACAAAGUGAUAUUCGGUCACUUGCUCUUUCUAUUUGAAUGUGUAGUGGGAGAUAUCACUCUCUCAUUAGCUCUCAUUCAUCCGUUCAAUGCUCCCAUGGGUGUGCAGCUCUGA